GGUUGCACACGCUCCCGAGAUCCGGCAUGCGAGGUGCGCGCGCUCCGGCCCGCUGACGCGCGCGCAGGGAUGGCAGCGCGUUGCGCAGCCGCAGCGCAUACACCUACAAACAUCUGUGAUACAUUAACUUAAUUUCGUACUAGCCGUAGUAAUUGUAGGAAACCAAUACGUCCGUGCUUAUAGACUUCUAGAGACAGUGUUUGUGUGAAGCCGCCCAUAUGAUCGUCCCCAUGGCAGCAUACGCACAAUUUGGCUACUCAUAUCCGCCCGCCUCGCAGUUGCUCGUGGGCAGCAGCGGGGCGGGCACCGGCGGCGCAGCGACGUCGCCGGACGGCGGGUCCAGCUCAGCGCCUCCGCUGUCGCCGGGCGGGUCAGCCGUGGCCGGGGGCGCGCUCUCGCCUGGCGCCGGCAGCCACGCCAGCACUCCUGCUGCGUCAUGCUGCGACACUCCCCGACCGAUCAUCACAGACCCGGUCUCUGGGCAAACGGUCUGCUCGUGCCAGUACGACGGAGCGAGACUCGCCCUCUCGUCGUACCCUCGCCUGUCCAGCGCGGCUGUCGGCGUCUACGGAGCACCUUACCCUUCAACAGAUCAAAACCCCUACCCCAGCAUUGGCGUCGAUAGUUCAGCGUUCUAUUCGCCAUUGAGUAACCCUUACGCGCUGAAGGAGGGGGGCGGCGAGAUGUCUGCUUGGACGUCGGCAGGACUGCAGCCCUCCGGCGGGUACUACCCCUACGACCCGACACUCGCGGCCUACGGAUAUGGAGCUGGGUACGAUUUAGCUGCCAGACGGAAAAAUGCCACGCGGGAAUCUACCGCAACGCUGAAGGCAUGGCUCAACGAGCAUAAGAAGAAUCCUUACCCAACGAAAGGGGAAAAGAUAAUGCUUGCAAUCAUCACCAAGAUGACGCUGACACAAGUGUCGACGUGGUUCGCAAACGCUCGCCGACGCCUCAAGAAGGAAAAUAAGAUGACCUGGGAGCCCAAGAAUAAGACAGACGAUGACGACGACACGAUGCUCUCAGACGAGGAUAAAGACAAAGACGAGCAAGAAGAAAAAAUUAAGACUCAUAAAGAUGAGGAGCGAAAAGGCGACGAAUUACUUCAGGGCAUGCACCACCAAUUGCUGGGUUAUGGAAUAAAGGAAGAAUCCAAACGCGGAACAUCCGAAUGUGGUGUGCCAAUCCCAGCGUCCAAGCCAAAAAUAUGGUCGCUAGCCGAUACCGCAGCAUGUAAGACUCCACCGCCCGCAGCUCAAACUUGGCCUCAGCAUUCAUACGGACCCGGACCAGACAGACCGGUUGCGGUGGAUGGCAGCUCAAAUGGCUUUGCAUUGCCAGCUACGGCAGCAGCGAGUCCCGCCAGUGGUUCCUACGGUCGCUAUGGAGGGUUCCCGGGUGGGCAAUACAGUGGGCAACAUCCAUGUGUACAUCCUGCAGCGUUCCCUGAUGUACAAACCGAUACGCCUCCACAAACGCCUCCUAAUAUGAAAGUGCCGAGCGUAGCUAAUCCGCUUGGCAGUGGAGGAGGUUCCGGCUAUUGUUUUCCCCGACAUCAGCAGUCACCGCAGCGUGACCCUUACCACAACCCCCACCACGCCGCCAACAGUCAUCAACCAAACCAGCCACACCAUAACGAAGGAUCUGCUGCCUUCAAACCCUUCUAUAAAAGCCCGCUACAACACCCCAACGGUUUCGUGUCGGCCGUCUGAAAGCGGACCGCGCACCACGAGCGGUAAAGUACGUGAAACCUGGGUCGCUGAUAUGCCCUUUGAUUACUAGGAACUUUCAAAUUUGUACAGUGGCACAGUGUUUCUGUUCUCCAGUUUACUAUUAUAUACAUAAAAAUAUGUACUUACAACGCAAACAAAUCUUAGGGAAUAGGACUUUGGCUGAUUAUACGAUAACUCGUCCUUAGAGUCUUUGUAAAGUUAUUAUUUGGUUCUAACGGUACAUUUAUUUGUGCGUUGUAAAAUGACUACCUGAAUUCCUAAAUUAGUGCACAGAUUAUUGUAAUGUAUACAGAAAUUUCUUUAUAAUAAGUACUUAAAUUUUGUUCGGUUUGGCGUUUGUCCUACGUACUUAGCACUUAAAAAAUCAACGUAAUAUGAAAUCAACAUUGCUCAGUAUUUUUUAUAGAAUAAGAAUAUUAUGAGAAUAAUAUCCAAAAUUAUUUAUGAAUAGAUACAAAAUGCGCAAUUAUUUGUAAAAAUAAAUCAACCAUGAUUGGUUUAGCAAAUUUUUAUAAAGAUGUGUUGGAAUCUUGAACUUGGAGGUUAUCAAAUAAGGAAAAAUGUCUAAAUUUAAAUUAUGUUCUUCCAUGGUAUUUUAUAUUUAAGGUUUUGUCACUGCAAUGAGUUUGCAAUACGUUCAGGUGCCAGAUUGUGUUGCUUUGAAAAGCAUAGCGAGCAAGUAGAGACGCAAGCAAAAUUUUGCACUCUUACGUAUACACUAUUGUUAAAUACCUAAUUUUUUGUUAAACAAAUAAAGGAGUAAUCGAUAAGCCAUUAAAUAGAAAACGUCGAUUCGGUUAUUGUUGUUGACAUUGUAUAUAAAAUGUUUUGUAGAUUUUUUUUAAUUUUAGUUUGUCAAGAAGUGUACAAAGUAUUUUGUAUGGUUUUGCCACAUUCGUUGUUGUUGACGGACACUUCAACUUGAACUUUAUAAAUAUUGUUUAAAUGUAUUAUUAGAAUACAUGUACAUAAAUAUAUUCUGAAUAAUAUUUUAUUAAAAUGAAAAUGUUCAGUCACUUUCGAACGUGGAGUUCCGUACAUACUAAAUAAUACCUAUACAAUUUUAUUUGUUUGAUGUUUUGAAUCUUAGUCAUGUGGGUAAUAUUAAGGACAAUUUAAAAUGAAGAUAAUGCAAGCAGGUUAUUACGGACCGAUGAGUAACCAUAAUAAAAAUUCUUUUAAAAUUAAGAUAAAUCAGUGGCAAAUUUCGCUAUGAGAAAAACAACGUAGUUAAUUGUAAAUUUGACAUCAACGAAACGCCAGAAAUAAAAAGAUGUAAUUAACUGAUGAUACAAAAUCCUUAUGCAGAUUCACGACUGACUUCAGUAAACUGAGUGUAAACAGAAUGGAGCUGUGAAUAUCUAAGUAAAAAAUUUCAAAUUUCGUUGAAAUUUUUUAAAGAAUGAUGGUAGGUAUGUCGAUGGUUAGAUUUUAUAAGUUUUAAGUAUUUAUUUAUACACUAAGCAGUCUUCAUAGUAAUAACACUACUUACUUAAUUUCCCACGGUAAGAAACAGGUUUUUUUAGAUAAUUAUAGCUGAUGUAAAAGAAUAGGUCACAGUUUGAAAUGAUUUAAUACCGUAAUUUGGAGGCUUGUAUUAAGUAAGAGGAAGAAACGAAUCGCAGAGUAAUAAACAAAAA